GUACACUCGGUGACUCGGUCGCAUCGACUCGUAACGAUCAAUCCAGGAUCAUCAACACUAAACAACGAUGGUUAGUUCAUCCUUCUGUUGGAUUAUUCAGUCGAUGAUAGCCUUUCUCUUGAGCUUCAAUACAUCUUGAUGGACGAGGGAGAAAGCGAGUCUUGUCAUCGCUUCCUCCCUCGGGUCCAACCGAGAUCGAUCGCAUGGCAGACCCGCCAACCCCUCCACACACCCCCGCCAGCUCGUCCAAAGGCACGUCGAAUGUCAACCAGGGAAAUGUGAAUAAUGGCGGUAUCCGAAAUAAUGGAGGUGUCGUCACUGGGAACGUUGCCGGGUUCAACACGAUAGUCGGAACGCUCAAUAUCACCGUCGAUUCGGCCUCUAAUCUCACGGAUAAUAUUCAAAGUUUCACUGCGCGUGUUGCGACGGCUGCGGAGAGGUUGAGGGAUGUUGAGAAUAGGAUUCGCGCGACUUCGCAGCUUUUGGGUAGUAUUCGCGAUUUGGUCAUUGCGCGAGCGGCGAAGGAGGAUAUUCAGAUCAACAGGGAUUUCAGAGUUCAAGAUGGGGAUGAUACCGGGGCUGCAAGCGGUGUUCCGACGAAUGAUGGAACGAGAGGUGGAAAUGCAGGUGGUGAAGGUGAAAGAGGCCUCGAUGCUGGUCAAGCUCCAGAUGGCGCAACGGCUCCAGCACCGAACAUCCUGGAGAAACCCUGCUUUCGCGACUUGGUGAAUGCGAGUAAAAGUGCCGCUGAACGUUUUGAUAUCAUCAAUACAAGGAUUCGGGAGGCAUUCAACAGAAUCGAGCCUAUGCACCGAGGACGGGCCAAGGUUGAAAUAAGCGAAGAGGACCGACAGAAAUUCUUUUUGACGGAGAAGGAUAUCGAUGAUAUGGAGAGACACAUUGAGUCUCACAAACUCGAGGUUCACAUUGCUUUGACUGCAUUUGAGGCGACGAUGGGCGACAAGCGGUCCGAAGAGAUUCAAUCAAUCAUUCUGGAUAUGUUCAAAGAGAUUAAAAGGAUUGGGGAGUAUUUCUUCACUCGCAGUCAUGGACCUCUACCUCCACUUCCACCAGGACGCCGACAUAGAAGUCGAGGUGUAAACCCACAAGACGAUGAUCGAGGCCAAGGAGCAUUUUAUCGAGAUCCAUACUUCAGUCCAUACGACCGCCAAUCGACAUACCCAUAUAUUCGACCUUUCGUUUUCCCCGACCUCUCCAGAUUGACAUCGCUAUACCUAGGUUGGACAUUUACCAAAGGCAGACCCCCAUAUCUGCAAGUCAACCCCCAAUCCAAUCAGCCCUCGUGGCGAUGGGCGAUCUGCAGUCAAAUGGCCCUCUCGACCGAAGAACUUUUCCUCAAAGUCCUAGCCCAGACUACCAAGCGUUCAAAGCUCCGGCGUUCCAUCCAGGACGAUUGCAAAGAUCUACUGAGGACGAGUGUUCAGAGGAUGCUUGUGGACAAUUUGCUUCGAGAUCAAAAUCUGAAUUUGGGGAGGCAACAUCCGUACUUGGAGUUGAAGUUGGCUGGCUUGUCGGCUAAGAGGAAGAGGAUUGGCUUUUUCUCUGAAGAGACAAAGAGUAUCGAUGUUAUCUUGAAAACUGAAUGGUCUCCUGAUGCUCCAAUGCAUGAUCCUAUAAGGCCUGGGCCUGGGCCUGGAGGGGGUGGACCGCCAGCACCACCACCACCACCACCAUGGGGAGGAGGACCAGGAGGAGGAGGACCAGGAGGAGGUGAUGAUGAUAGUGGUGGUGGCCGUUUCUCCGGCCCUGGUAGGCCUCUUGGGACUGGCUUUCAUGGAGGAGCAGGAGGUGGCAGCGGCCCUGGAUAUCCCCCCGGUAGAGGUCCACGCCAUACCAGUCAAGUUCCACCACCACCACCUCCUCCUCUUGGGGGUAGCAGUUCCCAUCCUGGUCAGAAAUCUCACAAGACGAGCCCGCCAGGAAUCCACCAUUCACCCCCACGGACAACACCAUCAAAAUCGGCACCCGAAGUAGUCUCCCGCGAGCCACGGAUGUACGUCGUCCGAAAGAAAAAGGGCAAAGCCGCGGCCUCAGACAGCGAAAGUCCUCGCCGAGUAUUUGUCCGAGAUAAACGUGGUAUCUUAAGAAUAUCAACUGAAAAUCAUCGUCCGAGCAGCUCCCACGCAGACAACAUCGAUGGAGUUCCGGUACCAGCUCACACGGUCCAUCAUUCUACUCACCCUCCACCACCAAAGCCUGCUGUAUACAGCCACGCCCAAGCAGUAUACCAUAUCCCAGCUGAGAUCCGUCCUCAAACACGCGUAUAUCCCCCACCACGACCCGCUCCUGAAAAAGUAUACUCCUCAUCCUCCGUUUCCUCCUCCGAUGACGAGUCUGAAGAGUACUCCAAGUGGCCAGCCAGACCUCAACCCCCAAGCAUACAAAUCCUAUCCCGAGAUAUGACCCGCGAACAAGAAAAGAGAGUCGUCGACGAGAUCUUCGCUGAAUGGGAAGACGGAGUCCACGGCAAACCCACCACUAGCACAGGACCAGCAGCCUCACAAAACCUAAACCAGAAACAAAAACUGGAACAAGAAGAGCGCAUAAAACUCCAGACUCCAUCAACCCUGGUGCCGCAAAUUGGACCAACGCGUCGAAUGAUGAUGGAAGUUGAACACGAAGCCCAAAGGCACGAGAGUAUUGAGGCGACGAUUCGCGAGUCGCAUAGACUGGAGGAACCGAGUCAUCAUACAUACACACGUGAACCGCGCCGGAGACGGCGACGCUCACGCUCUCGCCCGCGCGAGCGCGAGCACUCCUUUACAAGACCCCAACGACAAAGCAGGGGCUUCGUCUUCGUAGACCGAGACGGGAACACCCGUUUAGAUGACGAAGGCUAUGAAGACGUAAGAAGGGGAUUCGCUGAUCCAGAGGGGUAUUACCGGCAUUUUCCCGGACCGAGCGUGAUGGUACCCGGUCCAUCGAGAUCGUACGGGGCCCGAGGUCCGGGGAUACGGGCUCGGGAGAGCUAUGCUCAUCCGGAUGUGGCAGAUGUGGAGGCUAGUCCAACAUUUCUGUUUGAGAGGGGGAGGGAGAGUGGGAGAGAGAGGCAGAGGGAUCCUUUCGAUAUACCUAUUAUGGAGCAUUUUGUUGAAAUGCCUUAUCCCGAGAAUCUUGAGAGUCGUGAGAGGCGGAGGGAGUAUUUUGAGACUCCGGUUGUAGAGCACCUUCAUAGGGCUCAUCCGGAGAGUCAUGGGAGAGUGAGGGUUGUACCGUCACAUACGGAGAGAGGGCGUGAGCGUGUGUUCGUGGCGGAAGUACCUGAACGGGCGUCGAGGGCGAGGGGGAGAGUGAAUGUUGAGACGAGGAGUCCCAGGGUGGAGCUGUAUGAGUCGGUGUAUGACUCGUCUGACUGAUGCCCGAUCUGGUUAAUGUUUCCGUGUAUGAUACUGAUACCCAGGA